AUGUUUCCUUUCAUGCUGUUAAGCUUCUUUUUUUGGAUUUUUGCAGUAUUUCUUUGUAGAGUAUGGUUCCGAAAAUUUAAACAUCCAAGGACUCUCGGAUUUUUUCAUCCUCAAUGUGAUGGUUUAGGCGGUGGCGAACGAGUUCUGUGGUGCAUCGUGAAGGCGUUGUUGGAAAGCAGUACAACAUCGGAGGGGCUUUCAAUAAAUGAACCAGAAUUUUCUGUUGGCAAGAUCAAUGAGAUUGUUAUCUACGCGUCCCCUGAUGUUGCCCACAAUUCUAAUGACGUUCUUUUGAAGGUGAAGGAUCGUUUUGGUAUCAAUUUGAUUCCACAGAAUGGCCGCCCUUCCCUGAGGUUCAUUCCUUUGAGAUCAGUUCAACUCCUCGAUCCAUCGACAUAUCCUCGCUUCACUUUAUUUCUACAAGCAUUAGGGUCGACGAUUGUCGCAUUAGAGGCAUUAAUUCGAUACGUUCCUUCUGUUUUUAUCGAAACCACCGGAUUUGCGUUUACAUUUGGUGUCGCUCGAUUAUUAGGAGGAUGCAGGGUGACCAGCUACAUUCAUUACCCCACAAUAUCCACAAAUAUGAUCCAAGUUGUUCAGAAUCGUGAGGCAAAGUUCAAUAAUGCUUCUCGUAUUGCAAAUUCGUCAAUUCUGAGUUUUCUCAAACUUUCCUAUUAUCGCCUCUUCGCUCGGAUUUACGGAUUAUGCGGCGGUUUUUUGGAUUCAUGUGCGGUCAAUUCGUCGUGGACCUACUCGCAUAUCGCGGAAUUGAUGACAUCAUCAUCAUCAUCAUCAGAAUCUUCGUCUUCCUUCAAUUGUUUCCUCAAUCCGCUACAUUUUCUGCAAAAGUGUCACCGUCUUCCUUUGAACCAACUAACCAUCAUUUAUCCUCCCUGUGACAUCAAGGCGUUUGCUGAAUCCUCAAAACCGUUCGGAUCUCGGGCCUGUCGAAUCGUCUCUGUCGCUCAAUUUCGUCCUGAGAAAAAUCAUCUUCUUCAGCUAGAAGCGAUGGGCCGUUUGUUGCAACUGUUCAAGUCUCGCGUCUCAGGCCCAUCAAUUCCCAAAGAUCUUGAGCUCGUGAUGUGCGGAGCUGUGCGCCAUUCAGAUGAUGAAUUAAUUCUGCAUCAAUUAAAAUUGCGUUCAUGUGAAUUAGGAUUGGGACAUCAUGUUCGCUUUGAAGUGAAUCUCAGUUUUAGUGAAAUUAAAGAGCUUCUCGGAUCAUCGAAGAUCGGGCUUCAUACGAUGGUAGAUGAGCAUUUCGGGAUUGCUUUGGUUGAGUUUCUAGCAGCCGGCCUUCUUGUUGUUGCGCACAAUUCAGCAGGCCCAAGAAUGGAUAUCCUGAAUAUCUCUCCUUUAGUAUCGACGAAUCCGCUCUCUCCUGAACGUUUGCCUGUUACACAUUCAGAUGAAGAGUUAAUCAUUAUUGAAACUCCACGCAGAAGUGGAAGUGGAGAUUCAAAUUGCCUUCAGAGCACAUUUGGAUAUCUUUGCAAAUCUGCUGAUGGUUUUGCUGAGGGGUUGUAUCAAUGUUUGACAAAGACGGAUGAACUCCAAGGAAUUCUGAAACGUGUUCCUGCAUCAUUGAAGCGCUUUCCUAACAAUGAAGAGUUUGGGAGGAAAUUCUGCACCUCAAUGAGAAUAACAGAAUUAUUAGAAGACAGAUCUAGAGACGAUAAUAAAAAAUCAACAUAG